UACCAGAAAUGUAUCAAAACAUUAUCUAGUUAGCUGGCUACGCACUAGCGUAUCCUCUCAGCUAAAAUAAUACUACAGAUUACACUAUGUAAAAUAGUAUCAAUUGAUUAUACACAUGUUUGGAUAGCUGUGCUAUUCGUUAUCGUUAGGCAGUUCGCUAGCUAACGUUAGCUAUAUUACAUAAUAUUCAACUGUCUGCGUUGGAAGAGGUAACGUUAGACAGACGAGCUGUGUGGGAGGAGGCCAAAACCAGGACGAGAGCGAAGUCGGAGAGGCCGCUUGACAGCUGAGGGGAGGGCAUCGAAACGCCAGCCGCAGCCCGGCCUGAGACACGGGUAGCAGGAUAGGGAAGCAGAGCGGAGAGGCCGCCGCCACAGCGGGGCCGGCGGACAAGAUGGCGGGCAGCCCCGAGAAGAGUGUCUCGGCGCAGGAGUGGAAGGAGCAGGGCAACCGCCUCUUCCUCAGCCGCAAGUACCAGGAGUCGGCCGCCUGCUACAGCAAAGCCAUUAAGCGGAAUCCCUCAGUGUCUGUGUACUACACCAACCGGGCACUGUGCCACGUGAAGCUGCAGCAACAUGACAAGGCCCUGGCUGACUGCAAGCAGGCGCUGGAGCUGGACCCCCAGUCAGUCAAGGCCCUCUUCUUCCUGGGUCAGUGUCACCUGGAGAUGGAGAACUACGACGAAGCCAUCGGCAACCUGCAGAGAGCAUAUAACCUGGCGAAAGAGCAACGGUUGAACUUUGGCGACGACAUUCCCAGUGCCCUCCGGAUAGCCAAGAAGAAGCGCUGGAACAGCAUCGAGGAGAAGCGCAUUAACCAGGAGAACGAGCUGCACGCCUAUCUCACCAAACUCAUCCUGGCAGAGAAGGAGAGGGAACUGGGUGACAGCAGAGAGGAACAAGACGCCAAGUCGGAGGAAUGCAGAAGUCGACACGACCUCACUAAGUUCCACUCCAAACACGACAAGCACCUGUCAGACAUGGAGGAGCUCUUCUCUCAGCUGGAUGAGAAGAGGAAGAAGAGGGAGAUCCCAGACUACCUGUGUGGAAAGAUCAGCUUUGAGUUGAUGAGGGAGCCCUGCAUUACACCCAGUGGGAUCACUUAUGACCGCAAAGACAUUGAGGAGCACCUACAGCGAGUGGGCCAUUUUGACCCGGUGACACGCAGCCCUCUGACUCAAGACCAGCUGAUCCCUAAUCUGGCCAUGAAAGAGGUCAUCGAUGCUUUCAUCAUGGAGAAUGGAUGGGUGGAGGACUACUGAAGGAGGGAGGGAGAAAGGGAGAGUAGGAAUCAUCAUUCCAAAAGAAGAACCAGACAUAAAAAGACUACAACAAACCAAACAAGUAUGAUCUACACUUUAAAGCUGAGGCCACACCACAGACUGACAUACCUUCACUAGGACUGAGACUACACCACAGACUGACAUACCUUCACUAGGACUGAGGUUACACCACAGACUGACAUACCUUCACUAGGACUGAGACUACACCACAGACUGACAUACCUUCACUAGGACUGAGACUACACCACAGACGGACAUACCUUCACUAGGACUGAGACUACACCACAGACGGACAUACCUUCACUAGGACUGAGACUACACCACAGACGGACAUACCUUCACUAGGACUGAGACUACACCACAGACGGACAUACCUUCACUAGGACUGAGACUACACCACAGACGGACAUACCUUCACUAGGACUGAGACUACACCACAGACGGACAUACCUUCACUAGGACUGAGACUACACCACAGACGGACAUACCUCCACUAGGACUGAGACUACACCACAGACUGACAUACCUUCACUAGGACUGAGACUACACCACAGACUGAUACUAGGACUGCCAUUUAAUCUCCUGUUGAUCUAUACAUCUCUCUCUGUUUCCAUCCUUGUCCUUUUCCCCCCUUUUCUUUUAUUGUGUCUCUCAGCUGCUCAUACUAGUCAGACCCAACAAUCAGGACACGCUACCAAACAUGAAUCAGAGCACAUCAUCCAACAACAGGACCCAAUCAGAAUAUAGUACCCAACACCUUGGGCCAAUCGCUUGAACGUUACACUCAGAACAACCAAUCACAUUGCAGACUCCUAAACCCAGCGGCCCAAUCACAUCCUAGACCUCGAGUCUACAAGUGCAGCGAUUCAGGGCUAAAUGUACUCUACUUGUGGUGAUGCUCCACAACUUGUCUUCUAUUUUAAAUCUCCUUUUCUAUGGGGAAGAGGACUGUCUGAGGCACCGCCAUGUUUUCGCCACUCUCCAUUCUAGUCCUCUUGAGUGGCUUGUAGAUGGUCCAAUGUAGUCCUCUUGAGUGAUGGGCCAAUUUUAAACCCAACCUGAUCUCUUACCACCACAAUGCAGCACUUCUCUAUAUCCUCCUGGAGGGCUGAAAAGACUGUAUAAGCAUGAGUUGUAUCAUUUAGAAAGAAACCCUCGCCCUCAUCUUCAGUGUUUUGCAGUAUGUAGGGAAGCAAUAUGUGUAACCAAUAUGAUGGAAGGGUCCGGGAAGAGCAUUCAAGGCUUUGCGCAAAGGGUUAUUGUUUGACCAAGGACGUCUCUAAUUUUGGCUAGCUGAGUUUCCACCAUUUUGUUGCCACUCAUCUGGCUCAUACAGAGCUGAGCGUUAAUGAAUGGGGAAGUGCGUAGGGGUCAGGGUAGGGGUCAAUUAAUUAAACCCAAUUCCAAAUUUUCUUUGAAAAGAUUGGUUUAAAAUUGUGUGAGUCACAGGUGUGUUUUUGAUGGCUGUGUUUAAUUGUAAUGUGUUUUCUCUGGUUUAAAUGUCACUGAAUGUUUUCAGGUGGUGUCCUGUGUGCCUCAAGUGGAGCUUGAAGUAGAAUAUGGAAGUCAGUCAUCUGAUUGGCUUUGAGAAGGGCUGUCUUCUCUUCAGUAUAACUUACUGCUCGUGGUCUCUUUUGUUUUAAUGAUUCCACGCUUAGAGCCUUAGUCCAAUGGCUGCAAAGCAUGGUUGGGGGUCGAUGACAUUUUUCAAGUGACGAUUUUAGAAUGCAAAUUCACGGAUAAAAAAUAAAGGGGUCAUUUUCAAUUCGACCCCUCAACCCUGCUGCAAACAGAUAAUCAGUUUCCUCUUCUCAUCAUUUCAGAAAUCAUACAUUCCUCUCAGCCAUACGAACCUGUUUGACUUACCAACUGAAAAUGAUUGAAUGUGAAAUGAACCUGUAUAUUCCUACCCUCUGCUGGAUAUGAGGAUGCACAGUUAUGUUGUGUUAGUCAUGUGUAUCAAUAUUAUGUGUACAUGUAGGGGUGGGGACAUUCUCCCCCUAGGCCCUGAUUCCUCCUAAGAGGGGGGUGGGAACAGUCAAGUUUCUCUGGAGCCUCAUUGGGGCUGUGAAUGUUCUUUAUUUCACUGUCGUGCUGUUAUGUCUACCAGUGUUCCAAUAAAGGCUACAACAUA